GGUGGUGAGUGCGUAGACAUAAUUUGGAAUGGAAGCGACGAAGGUAGUGACAGUGAAAGCAAUGGAAGCAACUUCGUUAUCUUUCAAAGACUACGGCCAGGUCAUCGAGGCUUCGCCAGACGGCCAAGAAUUUGGUCCACACGACGCUCAACUCGACCUUACCCACGGAACUCCCAGGUUCUACAUUAUGCAUCUUGAGAAUCGCCCGCUCAAGUUUUCUAGUAUUACACAUCAUUCAAACGUGACUCAGUGCCUGGGGUCUGUUGGUGGGCAUGCUUGGUAUCUUGGAGUGGCAAAGUCGUCCAUUGUUGAUUCAAAUGAACUAAAGGAUGACAGAGGCAAGAAGAUUGUGCAGUCCCGUUGCGGUCAUUCAUACGUGCCUCCUGACAUUGAUGAUGUCGAAGUUUUCAAGGUUGCAGGUUCCAAAUUUCUUAAGCUUAACCGGGGAACGUGGCAUGCUGGCCCUCUAUUUAAGGCAGAUGCAAUGGACUUUUACAAUCUAGAGUUGAGCAAUACAAACGUGAUUGAUCAUACCCAACACAACUUUAAAAAGGACAAUGGAGUGGUCUUUUUAGUUGACGAGUAACUUCAGAGUUUGAUCUAGUUUCCAGCAUUUCAACUAUUUCUGUAUAUUGUUUAUCAAUAAAUGACAAAUGUCAUUUAUAUAAUUUCUGGGAAGUUCAGCGUUCUGCAUCAUAUGUGUAAACAUUCCUCUUCUGCAUGUUUGAACAAAAUAUUUAAGGUCGGACCUAAUGGUGGUGGGGUUUAGUUAGUUUGCACAAAGUCUUAAACUGUAACUUUGGCAAAACUUGUUCCUACACCUCCAUACAUUUCUCCUUGCUACUCCAUAGGCUAGGUGAAUAGACAUUUUUGCCUUUAUCUUC